CCCCAAAUAAAGAAGGAAAAAAAAAAAAAAACAUAAGUAACGCUCCCCAUAUUUUUCUCAUAAAUUGUUUCAUACUUUCCAAAGCCAUGGGCAACAAGCUCCAAUAUCAGUCUGCUUUCUUAGCCUUAGCAUUUUUAUUUGCUACAUUAAUUUCCAUUGCUGACGGAACCCUUGUUGGAAAUCCUCUGGGUUCCGGCUCCGGCCGCCAACAACCGAAAUCUCAAGUGAUUCCGAUUAUGAAUGCAUCCGGACCGGAGAGCUUAGCGUUUGACAGGCUCGGUGGUGGUCCGUAUACCGGCGUUUCCGACGGCCGGAUCAUCAAAUGGGAUGUUGAGAACAACCGGUGGAUCAAUUUUGCUGUUACUACACCUCAUAGAUGGGGCUGCGAAGGGUCGCAUGAUCAUACACUGACAGAAGACAGAUGUGGGCGCCCGUUGGGCCUAAGUUUCAACCUACGGACUGGUGAUCUUUAUAUUGCUGAUGCAUAUAUGGGUCUACUUGUGGUAGGCCCUCAAGGUGGGUUGGCUAAACCACUUGCAACUCAAGCCCAAGGCAUUCCAUUCAAGUUCGCAAACGCCGUGGUAGUUGAUCAUAAUAGUAGUGUGGUGUAUUUUACAGACACCAGCACCGUCUUUCAAAGAAGGGAUUAUGUUACUGCACUUAUCAGUGGGGACAAAACAGGAAGGCUUAUGAAGUAUGAUUUGAGAACCAAACAAGUAACAGUUUUGAUGAACAAUCUCAUGUUCCCAAAUGGAGUUGCGCUGAGCAAAAACAAAGAUUAUCUCCUCGUAGUUGAGACCACAAAUUCCAGAAUCUUAAGAUAUUGGCUCAAGAAACCAAUGGCUGGGAAGGUGGAAGUAUUUGCACAACUUCCAGGUUUGCCUGAUAACAUCCAAAUCAACCACAAAGGUGAAUUCUGGGUUGCCAUGAACGCGAUUAAGUUGACUAAUCUUCAAGGGUUUCUCUGGGUUUCGAAACCUCCAGCUGAUUUUGACGGGCUUGGAUUGGCUGUGAAGCUGAAUGAGAAUGGGACUAUAGUUCAAGUUUUGGAAGAUAAAGAAGGAAAUGUUUGGAGGUAUAGCAGUGAAGUUCAUGAAAAAUUGGGGAGUUUGUGGAUAGGUUCUGUACUGGUGUCCUUCGUAGCGAGGUUAGCGAUCUCCGGGCCGUAAUUUUCUUGCCGGGAGAUUUAUUCCGACAUCGAAGAGUGAGUUUGAAGUCUAGAUGUUUGGGUUGGGAAUUGAAUGAUACUUUUCAGGGAAAUUUCUUUAGUGUUCGAAGAGUAUUGUUGUAGCAUAAUUGCAUGAGUUUUUAUAUUUACAUUGCAAUUGCAAAUUCAUAGAUUGUCUAGCUAGGGUUCCUUAGCAUGGUUUUUGUUGUUUGAAAAUUUGAAUGGAGAUGUUUGUAAUCUAGUUAUUAUAUGCAGAAUUGAAGACUCCCUUAAUUUUGUCAAUAUGAUCUGCGCAUAUAUAUUAGUUCUUACUGUUUUCACCAUCGC